AUGAGGACCCAGCUUCAUGCUGUUGGGAAGCCUAGGUUCCUCACUCAUAAUUACCAACACAAUUUGGCUCUGGCAUUUGCUAUAAAAGAGAUCAAUGAACAUUCUGGGAUUUUACCCAAUAUUACCCUUGGUUUCUACAUCACUACUGACUAUUUUGAUGAUAUUACAAUUUACCUUUUAGCAAUGGAAUUUCUAUCUACAAAAGAUAAAUUUAUCCCCAACUACAAAUGUAAUGACCAGACCAACACAGUAGCUGUCAUUGGAGGACCCCGUACUAAGACCUGUGUCAAUAUGGCAACUGUUCUGUGUAACUACAAGUUUCCACAGAUCACAUAUGGAUCAGCCCCACUGAUGAAUAGGGAAACAGCAGCAUAUUUUGUCAAAUGGAUGUUCCCAGAUGAGAUCCACCAGUUUAAAGGAAUACUACACUUAUUGUUGCAUUUCCGGUGGACCUGGGUUGGGUUGAUUUCUCUGUAUGAGGAAGAUAGAGAGAGGUUCAUUCAAAAGAGUCUUUCCAUUUUUUCAGAGAGGGGAAUCUGCUUUGACUUCAUAGAGUGUAUCCCACAAAUGAUGUAUGGUAAUUUAGUUGCUGAAAUGAUGGAGCAGGCGGAUAAAUUAUAUAAAGUGAUUAUGGGAAGUACAGUCGUUGCAGUGAUCUUAAAUGCUGAAAUUACAACCAUUGUGAUUUUGAGAAUAAUGAUCUACAUUUUAGAUGCUGAUGAUAUUCCAAUGAAAAGAAAAGCCAAAGUUUGGAUCAUGGCAGCUCAGAUGGAUUUUACCUCUAUUCUAAUGCAAAGACACUUGCCCAUUGAUUUUCUCCAUGGUGCUCUUUCCUUUGCAAUUCAUUCAAAAUCAUUAAUAGGUUUCCAAAAAUUUAUGUUGAAUAGAAGUCCAAACUUUGAAAGAGAAGAUGGAUUUAUAAGGGAUUUUUGGAAAGAUGCAUUUGACUGCUCAUUCCCCAGUGAGAUGACAGAUAGGAAUGCUGAAAGGAUCUGCACUGGAGAAGAGAAGCUGGAGACUCUUCCUAAUUCUGUCUUUGAGACUACUGUGAGUGGACAUAGUUACAGCAUCUACAAUGCAGUCUAUGCUGUGGCACAUGCUCUGAGGGCCAUAUUCUGCCAAACCCCCAAAUUCAAAGAUGGUCAAGUAAUUGAUGAAAGGAGAUUGAAGAUGUUGCUUCAGUCACCAUGGCAGACAUUACCUCUUUCCAUUUGUAACAAGAAAUGUUCUCUUGGUCAUAGCAAGAUAAAAGUGGAAGGGAAAUUAUCUUGCUGCUAUGACUGUAUAAAUUGUCCAGAAGGGAAGAUAGCAAACCACAUGGACUUAGAUGAUUGUUUCUCAUGUCCAGAAGAUCAAUACCCAAACAAAGACCAGGAUAGUUGUCUUCAGAAAAACAUAACUUAUUUGACUUAUCAAGAGCCUUUGGGCAUUUCUUUGCUGGCCACAGCAGUCUUCUUGUCUUUCAGCUCAGUCUUAGUAUUGGGGAUCUUCAUUAAAUACCAAGACACUCCCAUUGUCAAAGCCAACAAUAGGAACCUUACUUAUACCCUUCUCAUUGCUCUCCUUCUCUCCUUUCUUUGCACUUUACUCUUCAUUGGACAACCUGACCAAGUGAAAUGUCUUUUGAGACAAAUUGCUUUUGGCCUAAUCUUUUCUGUAGCUCUUUCUUGUAUAUUGGGAAAAACAGCCAUUGUUGUUCUUGCUUUAAUGGCCACCAAGCCUGGUUCCAAAAUGCGGAAAUGGGUAGGGAAAAGAUUGGCUGCUUCAAUUGUCCUACCUUGCUCAGUGAUACAAUUUACUAUUUGUCUAGCAUGGUUGGCAACUUUCCCCCCGUUCCCAGAUUCUGACAUGCAUUCAAUGACAGAAGAAAUUGUCCUGCAAUGUAAUGAAGGUUCAGCCCCUAUGUUUUAUACCGUCUUUGGCUUUAUGGGGUUCUUGACUGCUGUCAGCUUCACAGUUGCCUUCCUAGCUAGAAAUUUACCUGACAGCUUCAAUGAAGCCAAAUUCAUCACCUUCAGCAUGUUGGUCUUUUGUAGUGUUUGGGUAUCAUUUGUUCCAACCUACCUAAGCACCAAAGGAAAAUACAUGGUGGCUGUGGAGAUCUUUUCCAUUUUGGCUUCAGCAGCUGGAUUACUGGUCUGCAUCUUUUCCCCCAAAUGCUACAUCAUUAUUCUAAGAUCUGACCUGAACAAGAAGGAGCAACUAAUAAAGAAAUGA